GGAAAACGGGAAGACCGGAAGAAGCCGCUCGAGUCUCGACUAAAACUUUGAAAGUCUGGAACGACCGAACCGCUUGUCACCGGCCCCAGCCCGCCGCCGCGACCCUCCUCCAGGACCGCACGUUUGUCGACUGUCCAGCGAUGUCCACUCGUCCGCCGAAAAAUUGCACCUGAAAGCGCGAAGCUCUGGUUGCUGCGAAACCAUUCAGCAAAGAGAAGAUGUCGUCCGCAAGAGAUUGGAUUGAAACGGAUGAAACCGCAAAGCAGUACCUGUCUCGGGUUCUCACAGAACGACCUUUCUUGCCUCUUACACCUCCUUUUCACCGCAUUCCCCUCCGCGCUGGCAGCGUUGUCGAGAUAGUCGGCCCUUCGCAUUCAGCCAAGACCCAGAUUCUCAUACAGGCUGCAAUCAAUUGUAUUCUGCCCAAGGAAUGGAAGGGCGUGCAUUAUGGAGGUUUAGAGCGCUCAGUCAUGUUUAUCGACUUGGAUUGUCGCUUUGAUAUUUUGAGCCUUUCACGUUCACUGAAGCAGCGCGUACUAGAUGCCAUAGGAAAGAGUAUGCAAAGCCUAAAAGGAGGGGCGGAUGUCACGUCUGAAAAUGAUUUAGUUGUAGAAAGCAUGAGACGUUUCAUGUAUGUCCGUUGCUAUGAUAGUAUCCAGUUUCUGGCCACACUUAAGACUAUGCACAAUCAACUUCAAAAGGGAAAAGAGGUGCAUGGUGUUGGUGCUUAUUUGCUGAUUAUUGACAGUAUUGGAGCUUUUCACUGGAUGGAUCGGGCUCUUGCAUUCAUUCCACAUGGGAGCAGCAACAGAAAAAGUCUCUCUCUUCAAGGAGUAUCAGAAGCUGUGGUUCAAGAAAUUCAAAAGAUUCUUCUGGCUCAUCCAAUGCUUGUCCUAAGUACCAAAACAGUGAAUUUGGAGGAUAAGUAUACAUCAAAUGAAGUAGUAAGGAAUGUUGAAAGAUGGAAUAAUCAAAAUCUACCAUAUCGUGAAUAUAUGCCUUUAGUCUGGCAGUCCUUUGUUUCUCACAGAAUGCUUGUGUACACUUCAGGCGUAGAUGAUAAUUGCAAGAAUAAAAGCCGACCUACUUAUUUUAUAGAGUGGCUGUUACCAUCUCUGCACAAACCAGAAAGGUUUACCAUCAACGAUAAUGGUGUAUUUUCUACAUGAUUGACUGAUUGUAUGAAUCCAGAGUGCAGAAUCAAUAAUAAGCUCUGAUUCAGGAGGAGUGCCUCUAGUGGGAACUAGUGUUCCUACCACUCUACAACUUGAUAAUGGCUGCUUCAGUUUUAAAGGAGAUUUUGUGGCCAUUAUUGGAGAAUAUACUAUGAGCCCGUUUGGAGAACUCUGUUUUCGGCUUAUCAGGCUUAUCAGCCAGCUUUUUCACCAAACACGUAACUUUUACUUUCGCGCGCUGAAUUGUGUAAUAAGCCGAAAAAGUAAGAAUCAGCCAAAACAGCCACUCCAGCCAGAAUAUCAUAAAUUUCAGCAGAAUCAGCCAAAACAGCCGAUUUUGGUGCUACCAAACGGGCUCUAUACUGCCAUCCCAAUUCCAAAUCUUAAUCUUGACCUAUGUAUCUCUGUUGCGUUCAUCUUUGGCUUGCUAGCUUCAUCAUGUGCUAACAAUAAUGGCUACUUAUAAUGUGUUUUUUUGUUGUUGAUGUGAUUAUUCAAUAACAAAAAUGUAUAUGUACAUCAUACUGUCCUAGUCAUGUUUAUGUAUUUUAAUGAGGUUCGUUUGGCUCCUUACAA